GACCACUCUGUACCUUGUUCAGCUGAGUGGUCUGCUGAGUGUGUGGCUCCUGCAGUUCUGUAACUCCAUGAUUCUGGGGUCACUGGUCGUGAGCUUCAUCGUCGCUGCGCUCUUCAUCAGACACUGUCAGUCUGCUCUGAAGACAGGAAGUCUGCUGACUCGUGUGGGAAAGCUGCUCCUCCACAGCACCAUGGUUCUGCUCCUCACCGUCACCAUCAACUACCUGGCCAAGAAAGUACUUCAGCUCAGAUCAGAUGAGCACAUCUUUAAAUUCAUCAAGUCAAAGUUUGCCUUGGGGCAUACCAGCGGUGUUCACUGUUCCCGCCUCUUCCUCUCAGGCUCACUCGGAGAACUUGACGGCGGCGAGGACGACGUGCUGGACAACCACAGCCUAUCAGGAGAGGAGGGCGGAGCCUCGGACCCCGAUGAUUCAAUAGAGGGCGAAAACAGUUCCAGUCCACCGCCGUACAGCGAAG